AUGUCGUCUUUGGUCCUCUUCCCAACACAGCCCGAAGGCCGUACUGUGGCGCAGCAAGAAGAUGAGAUGCGAGCGCUAAUGCAGAGGCUGCGGGAAAUGAGAUCUUCCCGCAAGCGAGAGCUUCGCAGGUUGAGAAGUGAGGAGGCAGACUUGUGCCACACAUUGGAAGAGCCUGAAUUUGCUUUUGGCAACGAGGGCUCUUUACCAUCACAAGAGGAGCUGAAUGAGCUGCGGGAACGUCUACACGCUCUCAAACAUGAAAAGGCCCUGCGAACUUACAAAUUUCGGGCCCUUCAAAGGGAGCGAGUUGCUCAGCUACACUUGGUUGGAGCUGUGCCGGACACACAGUUUGAGCGAGAAAUUGUUGACAGCCCAGAGACUUUCAUCAUCUCCUUGCGGAACCUAGAAAAAGCUGCCGCCUAUCUUCAGAAGUUGAAGGAGCUGGCGAAUGCACGCCGUGAAGAGAUUACUGCCCUUAUGAAAGAGCUUAACAUUUUCUGGGAUCGGCUUGACGUGCCCGAAGAACAACAGCUCGGGCAUCCCACUGGCCUCGCUGCAGAAGUAAUUGACACGAGACAGCGCAGGCAUCGAGGCAUCCUACUGAGGCACCGGAGCUUCGUACCAUCACAGGAGGAGCUGCACGAGCUGCGGGAAUGUCUGCACACUCUCAAACAGAAAAAGUUGAAGGAGCUGGCGAAUGCACGCCGUGAAGAGAUUACUGCCCUUAUGAAAGAGCUUAACAUUUUCUGGGAUCGGCUUGACGUGCCCGAAGAACAACAGCUCGGGCAUCCCACUGGCCUCGCUGCAGAAGUAAUUGACACGAGACAGCGCAGGCAUCGAGGCAUCCUACUGAGGCACCGGAGCUUCGUACCAUCACAAGAGGAGCUGCACGAGCUGCGGGAACGUCUGCACACUCUCAAACAGAAAAAGGUCUGCAUCCAGUACUAG